AUGGCAGCUUCUACAAAAUUCUACAUCACAUUAAGCUUAUUUUCUCUACUUUUUCUUGCUAUUUAUUUAUUUCCAUGGAAUAAGACUCAUAAUUUUCUCAUAGUCUCCAAUUUGCUAUCAACAUCAACCACUAAGUUUUUGCAACAUGAAGCUAAACCGAAUAUCAAAAAAAAACUGGCAAUUGAAGAACAGUUAGCUAAAGCAAGAGGCAAAAUUCACAAAGCUAUUGUUGAGAAAAGAUUUGCAUCGAAUCAGAAAAAUGGGAGUUUCAUUCCAAUAGGAACCAUGUACAAGAAUUCAUUCGCCUUUGUUCAGAGUCAUACUGAGAUGAUGAAGACAUUCAAGAUAUGGACAUAUAAGGAAGGUGAUAUUCCCUUGAUGCAUAAUGGUCCGAUGAAAAGUAUAUACAGUGCCGAGGGUCAUUUCAUCGAGGAGAUGGAGAGAAACGGAAACCCUCUCGCGGCUAAGCAUCCUGAUGAAGCUCAUGCUUUUUUUAUCCCCAUAAGUGUAGCCAAGAUUGUUCACUACCUCUUCACACCUGCAGAAGCCUAUGGUUUUCUAGAACGGAUGCAAACCAUAUUCGAAGACUACAUUGACAUCAUUUCACAAAGGUACCCGUAUUGGAACCGCAUCAAUGGAGCUGAUCAUUUCUUUGUUUCUUGUCAUGAUUGGGGGCCAAUUGUUUCGCGCAACAACCCUAAACUCUUUGGAAAUCUCAUAAGAGUGCUUUGCAACGCCAACAUUUCCGAAGGUUUCAUUCCCAUGCGAGAUGUGUCCAUGACAGAGAUUAACGGGCCAUACAACAGUAUCCCGAAUGUGAGUGGUGGCCAAUCACCUCAUAAUCGGUCGAUCUUGGCAUUUUUUGCUGGUGGAAACCAUGGUGUUGUACGAAAUAAGUUGUUCCAACAUUGGGGAAGCAAUGAAGACAAUGAUAUACAGAUUUACACUUACCUUCAAGAAAACCAAAACUACACUGACUUGCUAAGUGGAAGUAAGUAUUGCCUAUGCCCAAGCGGUUAUGAAGUUGCAAGUGCUAGGAUAACUGAAGCAAUCUACGUGGGAUGCAUCCCCGUCAUAAUAAAGAAUCAAUAUGUUUUACCAUAUAGUGAUGUGUUGGAUUGGAGUCAGUUUUCUGUGCAAGUACCCGUAAUGAAGAUUCCAGAUCUCAAAAGAAUUUUGGAGGAUAUACCUUUUUCAAAGUAUUUGGAAAUGCAAAAAAGGGUAUUGGAAGUACAAAAACACUUCACGGUUCACAUUCCAAUCGAAAAUUUUGAUGUUUUUCACAUGAUUCUUCAUUCUGUUUGGCUAAGAAGAAUUAACAUUCAGUUACUAAAAUUUUGA